UUUCGUCAUAAGAUCCAACUCUUGUUUUUCAAAAAAAAAAAAAGAUCCAACUCUUCGUUUUCCCAACUCUGACUUUUUAUAUACAGUCCCCCAACUUCAAGUCUCUUUUUUUCAAAACCCUAGUUGUAUAGCUGCUAUAUAUCUUUUCUUGUUUACAUGAAUAAGCGGAUCUGAAGCGUUCUCUUUCCACAAGUUAUUUAUCAGAAGAUGAUGGCACAGUCCAGUAGGAGAAAGGUCGAUUUUGUUAAGAAAGAUAUAAUCAGUGAGUUGCCUCAGAACUUACUAGAAAUUAUCCUAUGUUUUCUGCCAAUACGAGACGCAGUGAGAACCAGUGCCUUGUCAAGAGCAUGGAGGUACCGUUGGACCAGGAUCCCACAUCUGAUCUUUGAUUUGGAAUCGAUAUUUCACAGCACGAUGAAGAAAUAUACUGAAAAUGAUGAUCCAGGACUGAAGGCGUAUAGCUUUGUUAGUGUGAUAAAUGAAGUUCUCCUACUCCACAAAGGUCCGAUCCUCAAGUUUUCACUAGACAUACCUCAAGGUUAUAAGUUUGAUACUCAAAUAGUUCAUGAUUAUAUUGAUCAGUGGAUUUCAUUAUUGUCAAAGAAUGGUACCAAGCAACUUACACUGGAUAACUAUAAUAAUCUCCUUGAAGAAUCUAAUGCACAUAAUUUCUCUGUUCUAGACCCGACUCAUUUGAGACUUUUAAGUGUUUGGUUUCCCUAUACACCCUCAUGUGAAAGAUUUGCUAAUCUGACUCAUCUUGAGCUAGUUGAUGCUACUUAUAGUUUUGGACAAAGCAUCUUCUUUUGCCCUGUACUUGAGAAGUUGACCUUAAUAAUUUGCAGAGGACUUUUCCCUAACAACUUUUGUGCUCCUAAUCUUAAAUGUCUGAUUCAAGUAUACCAUAAGUUAUCUUCCAAAUAUUCUCUAGCUGGGUUAGAAAACCUCGAAGAAUACUCUUUAAUGUUAUUAGAAGAUUGCUCCGAGGAGAUGCAAACAUUCAAUGUGGUUAUAAUCCCCGGUAGUCUACAUAAAAUUGAGAAGUUCUCCUUAGCAGAUGAUUCCUUGAAGGUCUUGGCUGCCGGAGGUUUUCCACAUAAGCUUUCGAAACCACUGCCAUACUUAAAGUCUCUAAAUAUCUUUGAUAUAGAUUUCGGUGUAUUGUGUGAGGCUUCUUGUUUGGUUUCUUUGAUUAGGAGUGCUCCCAACUUGCGCAAACUACAUAUCUCAAACUCAUGCAAUGGAGGAAAAGAUAAACUUGAGGAGUAUCAGAUAGAAGAUUCUGAAGAUUGUACCAUGCUCCAUCUUGAAAUUGUCUUGUUCAGUGAUUUCAAAGGUUUUGUUGCUGAGCUGGAGCUAGUAAAGUUUCUACUAGCCUGCUCUCCGUCACUAAAAUCAUUAUUCAUCCACCGUCGUUGCUCCAUAAAAGAUUGUGCCUCGGCAUUAAAAAUCACAGAGGAGAUGUUGCAGUAUACUAGAGCUUCAUCAAGAGCGCAAAUCAGACACUUGGAAAGCCCUGUUAAGUUUAAUGAUAAUUGUUUUGAUUGGAAACUUUUGUCUGCUUAUGAUUUGUACUAACUUGUUUGCUGCACCUUCUGCGUUUUAUGUAUGACAGUGAGAUAUACAUGUGCUUUUGAGCACCCCUUUUCAUAUUAAUACAGUCCUUGCACAUUAUGAUUGCCAAAUAAA